AGUCUCUGCUCUUAACAACCGGAACAUACGCAGAGCGUGUCGAUUGUGGAUGACGUCACAACGCGUCGCCACGCACGAGGACACAGUGUUCCCAGAACAGCCUGAAAGGAGUAAAAAUAAUUAGUUUACAAGCAUGCCUAAAGCAAAAACAAAAAAGUUUGCUGCAAUGAAGCGGAUGAUUAGUAUGAAAGAUCAACGAAUAAAAGAGAAAGAUCGCUCCAAAGCCCAAGAAAAAAAGAAAAAGGACCCUUCAGCGUUAAAGGAGACAGAAGUGCCCAAGUAUGCAUCGUGCCUGUUCUUCCAGUACAACACUCAGCUCGGUCCACCAUACCACGUUCUGGUCGACACCAAUUUCAUCAACUUUUCCAUUAAGGCCAAAUUGGACAUCGUUCAGUCUAUGAUGGACUGCCUGUAUGCAAAAUGUAUCCCAUAUAUAACAGACUGUGUGAUGGCUGAAAUUGAAAAACUUGGAAUGAAAUACAGAGUUGCACUCAGAAUAGCAAAGGAUCCAAGGUUUGAGCGUUUGCCUUGCACUCACGCAGGAACAUAUGCCGAUGACUGUCUAGUCCAAAGGGUAACACAGCACAAGUGUUACAUCCUGGCUACUGUGGAUAGAGAUUUAAAGCGAAGGGUGAGGAAGAUCCCCGGUGUGCCCAUUAUGUACAUCUCUAAACACAGGUACAACAUUGAAAGGAUGCCAGAUGACUAUGGUGCACCAAGGUUUUAAUAUUUGUACAAAUCUGAUGUGACUGUAAAUACAAGUUUUUUUGUAUACAUAUUUGGUAUGGACUGCAAAUAAAUGGUGCAUUAUUGUUUCAACAUACAAGUUGGACAACAGUUGAUCAUGGAUUUUCAAUAAAUCAUUUUGUAGUUA